CAAUUUUUUGUUUCACCUUUUUUUGUUGUUGUGGAAAAAAAAACGUAAACGAAAACUGACGUCCGAGGCGUCCCCUUCGUUUUGUUGUAUAGUUAAGUAAAUUUUAAUUGUUCGCGAGAUGUCGAAUCAGAAGGCGGACACAAGUAACGCCAGCGUUAUCGUUGACAAUGACGACGAGGAUAUUGAAUACAUGGGAACCACUAUGCAGCCCAUAGUCACCAUUGAUCUCAGCGGCGACAUGCCGUCCACCUCGGCUGCUGCAGCAGCCCGUGACGCCAAUGGCAUUAUUGGCGCUGCUCCUCAGACAGGAGCCUCACCCAAGGCCACCACCAACGGGGAAACAGGUCCCCCUGCAUUGGAUGGUGCAUCCAGCACAGGGGCCGCGGCCUUGGAGUGCGCCAUCUGUCUACAGACUUGCAUCCAUCCAGCCCGUCUACCUUGCGGCCACAUCUUCUGCUUCUUGUGCAUUAAGGGCGUUGCCUAUAAGAAUCGUCGUUGCGCCAUGUGCCGACGCGAGAUUCCCUCGGAGUUUCUGGAUCAUCCCACGCUUGUGAAUGGAAUCGAGGAUAUUUGCAUUACCCGCGCCACCGAGGAUGGCUAUCAGUGGUACUACGAGGGACGCAACGGUUGGUGGCAAUACGAUGACCGCACCAGCCAGGACAUUGAAGAAGCCUUCAAAAAGGGCGAAAAAUCCUGCUCCAUACUCGUGGCUGGCUAUGUCUACGUGGUCGAUCUGGAGCAGCUUGUGCAGCAGCGUCAGAAUGAGCCAACCCGUUGUCGUCGCGUCAAGAGAGAUCUGGCCACCAUACCCAAGAAGGGAGUGGCCGGUCUCCGGAUCGAGGGCAAUCAGGUGACCAGCGAUACUGUUUUCAGCCGACCCGCACCAAACCCACCGACGUCCAACACCACAGCUGCGGCAGCUGCCUCCAGUUUUAUUUCCACCAUUGCCGCCACAGACGCUGCCAUUCGGAUUGCCAGCGACAUCAUUGGCUCCACGCUGGCCCAUGCAGAUGAGCUGACGCGGGGACUGGCGGCAAGCAACAUCAGCGAGGACCCCAGCAGCAGCAGCAGCGGUGAGCAAACAAUGUCAAACAAUCCACAGGACUCAAACACAACCGCAGCACCAGGAGCAGGUGCCGGUACAACGCGCUCGCUUGCCUCCUCGCACUCCAGCUCCAUUCAAGAUCUCCUGUUCAGCGCCACCGAGGACCUGUUGAACACCCAGCAGGUGAUAGCCAACAACCAACACACCAUUGAUCUCUUCGAGCAGGCCUUGAACGACUUCCAGGCCCUCACCAUGCACACCUUUGUGGACUCCAGUGAUGACGAUGAAGACGAGAACGAGCAGGAACACAAUGAAGCUCUGGUGGAGUUGGAACCUCGGAAUGUGGAGGCGAGCGAGACGCAGCCAAACAGCAAACAUGAGGGUCUCUAAACAUUCACACACAAGUGUAAACAUUAUAUGCCCAUUUCCCCCACGCACACUUAAAGAAAAGAAAUGUUCCUUGUAGCAGAUUUCACUAAA